GAUCAUAACACAGAUAUAUGGCCUCUGACACAAAUCAACAUCCGAGGCCAGCUUCGUAGGAAAUAUUAUGUAAGAAUCGCCUGAAACAAUGGGAGGAUGGAGAGAACGCAGCAUCACUCCCCUUCCCCUCACCGAGUCCCCAGUGUUGGUAGAUGUAACAAGAGACGCUGGCUCUCUCUGUCCGGCAUCAAUUUCAACAUGGAAAUGGGGCGUUACCAGGUCAUUGCUUGCAUCGUUAUUACUCUGAGUCUACACGCUCAGUCGUUUAUUCAUUAUAAGGAUCUAUUUGCCAAACCGCCGGAUAAAGGGAAAGAAGCAGAGAAGAGAUGGAAGAAGUGCGAACCCCCAGGCCAGAUCCGGAACGGCCAAGUCGUGGUGUGGGGGGACGGGCUGCUCCUGGAAUACAUCUGUGACAAGAACUUCUUCGCUUACGGCCUCACCCACGGCGGGUGUGACCCAACAACAGGAAAAUGGACGAUUUUACCACCAGUUUGUGUCGCGAGCGGUUGCCCAGAUUUGCUCCCACCUCGUCACGGCGUGGUGAACAUCGACAACAAUGGCGGUGUCGCCACAUUUACAUGCGAGGCCGGCUACUACGUCCUCGGGUCUGCCAAACUCUUCUGCGAAGAAGGACGCUGGAGGGGCAGGUUCCCCUUCUGUGCGGUGAGCGCCAAAUCGCGGCCCACCAGUGCGCCCCCUACCGGAGUACCCAACGCUGCCCUGCGCCACGCGGACGAGUCAUGUUUCCAGUACCAGAUCGACCCCCCGACGGUGGAGAAGGCCGUGUUCACUACGUCGUACGUCUUCAGCAAGUUCCGGGGUCGUUACAUCAUGAUCGCCACGUACAGCUGUGUGGGUGGGUACAAGCUGUCCGACCCUAGCUCCACCAACCUCUACUGUCACAAUUCACAGUGGGGUGCAAGAAUCAGGCCCAAGUGUGUGCUGGAGGAUGAUCCGUGCCAAAACGGCAAUGGAGGAUGCGCGCACAUGUGCGUGUCUCGGGUUGGUCGAUACUCCUGCACGUGCAGAGAUGGGUAUACCCUCGGAUCUGAUUUCCGGUCCUGUUUUGAUUUGAAUGAGUGUAUUCUCAAGAAUGGCGGAUGUGCCCAUGACUGCCACAACACGAUCGGGUCGUUUUUCUGUUCGUGCGGUCCGGGGUUUCUUGUGAAUGGAAAAGGCUGUGUAGAUAUAGACGAAUGUGCAGGGGCCAUGCACACCUGUCCUGGCCCGUGUGCCAACCUACCCGGAUCCUACAAGUGUGAUUGUUCCAUACCCGGAUACCAGCCAAGCUCGGCUGACCACUUUUGUGAGGAUUUUGACGAAUGUUCAUUCAAUAAUGGCGAGUGUGACGACAUCUGCAUCAACCGUCGCGGAUCGUACGAGUGCCGCUGUGAUCAGAAGGGUCUGAAAUUGGCCGAUGACCUACAUUCGUGUGUGGAUUUCAACGAGUGUGAGCGUUAUGGCGAGAAGCUCUGUCGGCACGGGUACUGCGUCAACCUCGACGGUUCCUACCGCUGUGAAUGCGAGAGCGGCUUUGAACCCGGCCAAGACGGAACCUACUGUGAAGAUACAGACGAGUGUCUUAAUAACAAUGGCGGUUGCAAUGAUCGCUGUGAGAAUCAGUUCGGCUACUUCAACUGCUACUGUGACAUGGAUGGGUUCCUCCUGGGGGAGGACGGCUUCACCUGUGCCGAUAUUGACGAGUGUGCGAUCGAGGCGGACCAAUGUGAGGACCAGUGUGUCAACGUACCGGGGUACUACAGUUGUGAAUGCCUGCAGGAUGGCUUUGUGGUUGCCAAGGACAACAUAACCUGCACAGAGUGUGAGCAGGAUGAGUACUACAGCCGGACUGAUGGAGCAUGUCACCCUUGCCCAGCCAACUCCAUCGUCUCCUCGCAACUCCGCUCGCGCUUCGCCCAGUCUCACGCUGACUGCGAGUGUCGGCCAGGGUAUGAAGGCGACCCCCCAUACAACAUACCCUGUAUAGAUCGUGACGAGUGUUCUCUGGGGGAGAUCUACUGUGAGCAUGGCUGUAUCAAUCAGCCAGGCAGCGCCCAGUGCGACUGCCCGCAGGGAUACACAUCAGAGGCAGACAAAGUCAACUGUGUUGAUAUUGAUGAAUGUGAGGUGAACCAAGGUGGCUGCAACCACAUCUGCAUCAACACCGACAGCUCCUACAACUGCGAAUGUGAUGGAGAUGGCUACAUCAUGAUGGAGGACAAGCACACUUGUCAAGACAUCAACGAGUGUGAGGACCCCCGGUACUGCUCCCAUGGGUGCGAGAACGUUGAGGGAAGUGUGGUGUGUCUGUGUCCUGAAGGCUACCGGCUUGACCUUGACCUCAGGACGUGUGUAGAUUUUGAUGAAUGCUCAGCCUUUGAUACGCCGUGUGACCAGAUCUGCAUCAACUCGCUCGCAUCCUUUGAGUGUGGAUGCCGGAAUGGAUAUAAACUGUCCUGGAACAAGACCUCCUGCAUAGAUGUGAAUGAGUGUAUGGAGGGGGAGAGUGUCUGUCAGGAGGGCUGCAUCAACACUAUCGGAUCCUUCAAGUGCGUGUGUAACACCCAGGGGUACGUCUCCGCGGAUGAUGGAGCUGCUUGCGUCGAUGUUAACGAAUGCAGCCUAAACACAACCAAAAGCCUGUGUCAGCAAGAAUGUAUAAAUCUGCCCGGCACCUAUCGAUGUGGCUGUCAUGUUGGUUACCGGAAGGCUGGGGCGACCAAGUGCGCUGCAUGCCUCAGGGGAUACUACCGAGACAGGACAGACAAGGGGUGUCAGCGUUGCCCCCCUCGCUCUUCCACCAAGAGCGGUGCUAGCACCUCCAUCGCCAGUUGUCUGUGUCGCACCGGCUACGUGGGAGACCCCAGCAACAACAUCCCCUGCACAGACUUUGACGAGUGUAGCAGCAACAUCCUUGGAUGUAGUCACAUUUGUAUGAACACUGACGGAAGUGCCUACUGUACCUGUCCAGGGGGCUACAGGCUGACUCCAGACAGGAAGACCUGUCAGGAUGUUGAUGAGUGUGCCACCUCAAGCCAUGGCUGUGACCAGAACUGUGUCAACACUAUCGGCAGCUACCAGUGCGGGUGCGACCUCCGAUACUUCACCACCUCCAAUGACAGGACAUGUAUCGACAUCAACGAAUGUGAUGACAACAACUACGGCUGUGCGCACCAGUGCAUCAACACCAACGGCGGGGCUCACUGCACAUGCCCUGCUGGUUAUGUCAUCAUCGAGGGAGGCAAGGAAUGCACUGAUUUGGAUGAGUGUGCCACGGACAAUGGCGGCUGUGAUGAUGUGUGCAUCAACACCAUCGGCUCCUUCAGCUGUGAAUGUCGAAAAGCUGGAUUUGAACAAUAUCACUACAACACAAAGAAAUGUGUUGAUGUCAAUGAGUGUAUGCGAGAUUCACCAUGUCAAGAUUUAUGUAAAAACACUUACGGUUCCUAUAAGUGUCGCUGUCGAGGAACUGGACUAUUACUGUCUGACAAUGGUCGGAACUGUUACGAUAUAGACGAGUGUCUGGUCCCGAACAUCUGCGACCACAAGUGCGUGAACCUACGAGGCACCUAUCGCUGUGAAUGUAGACCCGGGUUCUACUAUGACGGAGCACACUGCAAAUUGUGCCCCCUGGGGACGUACAGCCCCAAGUUCUCCAACAGACGAGCCUGUGUCAACUGCCCCGCCAAGUCCCUGACGCUACAGAAAGGCAGUACCUCCAUCACCAAGUGUGUCUGUGCACAGGGGUUUGAAGGGACACCGUCGGACGGGGUCACAUGCAUGGACAUCAACGAAUGUGAUGCGGAGAAUGGACAGUGUGAACAUCGGUGUAUCAACUCGCCUGGCAGCUUCUCCUGCACCUGUCGCCUGUCCUACACACUGCAGGAUGACAAGAAGUCCUGUAGACGUGUGACUUGUCCCACGCUGGAUCACUUCCCGAACGGCCGCAUCUGGCCCCCUGCCUGCACAUCCCCACUCUCGCUCAGCAAACUGAAGAAGGGAACCAUCUGCUCCUUCCGCUGCUCACGUGGAUAUGAGCUGACGGGCGAGCGGUAUCGGAGCUGUCUUGCCAACAGCUCGUGGUCAGGCUCCCAGCCUUUCUGUCAAGGCAAAUACUGCACUGCUUUAACAGAGCCUAAAAAUGGCAGUGUCCGGCCCCCAUUGUGCCUGGCGGACUCUAUACCGUUCAAACAGCGUUGUAUGUUCAUGUGUAACAAAGGCUAUACCAUGAUAGGGAAGCCGGCAACCAAAUGUAAGGCCAAUCAGCGCUGGAGCAAUUCGAAAAAACCCAAAUGUGUACCAGAAAAACGCAAGAAAAGGACAGAAAAUGAUGUAUGAUGCUCAUCUGAAUGGGAUACUUAUCAACGAGACGUCAUCGCUUUCAUACAUCUCAGCAAGAGAGGAUUUUAUUUUGACCAGUGAAGCAUUGCUGUUAAUUUAGCACCUAGAUUUUGCUUGCCAGAGAUUUUACUCUGAUGCAAUACUUCUCAGCAUGAAGAUCUGAGUACGUCUCAAUAGAGGGUAAACUUAAUCAGCAUCAAGGCUUCUAAAUGCUCAGCAUAAACAAGCUAAGCAUUCAGGUUAACAUAUCCGAUUUAUGAAUCUGGAAAAUGAAGUUAAUCGGCCUCUUUGGAAUGUAAACAAUAAUGGCUGCACCAUCAAUUUGUUGUGAAUAUUUGAUACUUCCUGUCCUAUCUGAGCACCAUAGCAUGUUUGUAUUCUUUGGGUGUUUUCUUUUCUUAUCAAAAUUUCCAUAUCACGGUGUUAAGUUAUGAAGCCGAAUACUUUGGCUGACAUGCUCCAGCACCUACGCAUCCUUCAUGUAGAUGUGAGGUCAGAGUUCACUCAGGUUCCCCUGACACAUCCUUCUGGAGAUGUCCUCAGAUCUUCACCCACAGUGGUACCGAUAGACUUUUAGGUGACUGUUUUUUGCUUGUGAUAGAUACCGGUAAUGCUUAGGGACUGGUCAUUUAGUAUAGGAGGUGGGGGCGGGGAGAUUAUGGGGAGUUCAUGAAUGACAGAGCAAAAGUGGGGGCUUGUGAAAAUUUAUCACCACUUGGGGGAGGGGGAAUGGAAAUUCUAUAUUUUCAAAUAAUCUAUUUUAUUAAUUUGAUCUAUGUUUUUGAACUGGUCAUUUAUUAGGGGGAAUGUGGGUGUCAUGAAUAAAUGUUACAUGGUUUGGUUUUGGGGGGGGGGAUGGUGAGUGGAGGGUGAGGGCUUGAAAGAUGUUACAUAAACUGGCAGCGGGCAGCAAAAUAAGAUUCACACAGUUUUAUGUGGGUGAUGAACCUACAUAUGACACCUACUUGUCCGGCUAUAUUUAGGUACAUGUUAGGUGUUACUUAUUGUUCUUUCAAAAUGUGGACAUGAAAGAGACAAAUAGACACUUCUGAAAAGCACUGUACAUAGUUUUAGGUCAAUGAUACCUCUUGUAUGGACAUCUCCAAUAUGUAUAUACAACCAAUCAUUAAGCUGUGUCUUUAUAGGCUUUAGUGUCAGUGACCACAACAUUAGACAUGGAUUUCAGCUUCUUUUGUUCUUAUGUUUCGGUACAGGAACCUUUAACAAACAAGUGAUGUUUCGGUACAGGAACUUUUAUCAAACAAGUGAUCCACAAAUCAGUAGGACAUGGUUAUAGAGCCAACAAUUACAUGCACAGAGAUUAACAGUUAAAAAUAAACAAGGGUGACAAAGUGUAAAGUUUUAUCGACUCGUGUUGAUAUAUUUGAUAUUAAAAGACACUCGGGUGAGUAUUAUCUCUUUAUCAUCCAAACUAGCUUCCACAGGAGAUAUUGCUUGGGUGUUAUCAAGCAAUGUCCAUCUGUAUAAUGAUAUCACUUACAAUGAAAUGGCCUCACAAUGCAUUGGAAACCAUUGUGACAUCAUCAGUUGCAAUGAAGUCAUAAUCAAUUAAAUCUCUCUGCCCAUGAAGCUGGCAAGUGGUACAUUUUACUGGUAGUGGUUAUUCCUGUUUUCUAACCGAAAAAGGAGGAAUGAUUUUGGAUGAUAAAUAAAAUCUCACCCUCAUCGAUGGAAGUUUAAAAACAUUUAUUGAUUUGCAUUGAUAUAUUAAAUGUAAAAAGACACAAGGGUGAGCUUCUCUAUGAACAGGGGGGGGCACGGGUGACCGAGUUGUCUAAGGUGCCGCGAUUUGCUGUGCAGAGUUGCGUCCCUUGGGCACGCCAGAAACCUAUGAUUGUGGGUUCGAAUCCCAGUUCACCCCGAUUAUGUUUCUAGGUUUGUUAGCACCAUACCCAUGCUGGUGGGUUUCACCGAAGUGGUAAACAUCUGAGACCUGCAUCACUUCAGGCUUCCGUCCCACAUUAAGCUGACACGCCGUGAUAUAACUGGAAUACUGUUCAAAGCGGCGUUAAACCCAACUCACUCACUCACUCACUCACUCACUCACUCACUCUAUGUACAGGUUGACCUAAAUCCACACAUACAUCAAUAUAUAAUUCUUAUUGCAUGUAUAUGUAUAUGGAAAGGAGGGCUGUUUUCUUUUAAUAAGCCAUUCUCAUAUAGAUUGUUUCUAUUUAACUGACCUAAAUGUCAUUGGAUUGCAAGUAUAUUAUUUAUUAUGAAAGGAUUUCUUUUGAUUUAUGUUUGAGUGGAGUAAUUUCCUUGUAUCAUCAAAAAAAAUAUAAUUUUAGCUACAUUAUUUUACUGUAAGUAGAAUUUCAUUUAAAUCUUUAUGUAAAGGCUUGGCAGAAUUUGAAACAUUGUCCUCAUUUCUAGUAAAUAAUUCCACUCAAAUCUUAAUUUAACGAUUAAGAAAUUUCUUUUUCUCAUAGCUGGAGAAGUUAAUCUGUCAUGAUGUUGACUAUUUUCUAUAAUGAAGGGUAUAUAUGUCGAUACUUUCACUGAAUCAACAGUUGAUGUGAGAGACAGAUUGGAAUUAUGUUGACUAUUUACUGUGAGGUUAUAUAUCGAUGCUUUCAUUGAAUAAAAUGUUAAAAUUAUA